AUGUUAAAUCCGUUUUACACAGGAUGUCAGAGGCAGUACUUAGCACCGGGGGUUCUUCCCAUUCAGGUGUGUCAUACGCUGUGUCAGGAAUCUCCCGGUCAGACGUUUGCAGCAGCUAAGCCAAAAAAGAAAACGAAAAAGGAAGCAGAAGCGGAGGAGGUGAAGAAACGGAGGCGAGUCCUUGAUGAAACAGGCAGACAGCAACUGUAUGUUAAGAAGACGAAGGUACCCGUGGAUGAUGUGUACUUGGUGAAGUACUACCCCACGCCUGUUUACGGUGCAUUGGAGGCUAUCGACUUGCUGAAGAGAUUCCAGGUUUUGGACUUCACUCCCCACGAUCAGGCCGUUUACAUCAACCUACAGCUGGACAUGUCACUAGAGAAAAAGAAAAAAGUGGAUCAGUUUGUCAGCACUUUGCAGUUACCACACCCCUUCAAGAAAGACCUAAACAAAGUCUUAGUUUUUACAGAGGACGCUAAUCAAGUUAAACUCGCCCUGGAGAGCGGAGCUGCGAUUGCUGGAGGAGCAGAGCUCAUAAAGCCGCUCUUACAUGAUGAGAUUUCCGCGGACUUCUAUAUUGCGGUACCAGAUAUCCUUCCCAAACUUCUGCUGUUGAAAAGCAAACUGAAAGGAGCUUUCCCAAGAGUACGAGAGUCGUUCAUGAUGGCCUCUAAUAAAAGUCGUACUCUGUCCAUUUCUGUCUUAGGCACAGUUGGUGUCGACAUUCCCAAGAUGGUCGAGGUUUUUAAGACUGGUUACGAGUACCAGGUGGAUCACCAGUGCUACAUCAUAACCCAGAUAGCAACGCUCGACAUGCCCACAGAUCACAUCUUUGCCAACCUGCAGGCCAUUCUGACUGAUGCAUGUUCGCACCGACCAGCUGAGUUUGGUAAGUUCCCUAAAAACGGUCAUCACAGUGUAGCUUAA